AUGGCUAUUUCCAAGGUUCAUUCCCGUUAUGUAUACGAUUCCCGUGGUAACCCAACUGUAGAAGUUGAUGUUACUACUGAAAAUGGUUUAUUCAGAGCAAUUGUACCUUCAGGUGCAUCUACUGGUAUCAACGAAGCCAUGGAGUUGAGAGAUGGUGAUAAAACUAAAUGGCAAGGUAAAGGUGUAACAAAGGCUGUUGAUAAUGUAAACAACACUAUUGCUCCACAGUUGGUAAAGUCUGGUCUUGAUGAAAAGAAUCAACAAGAAAUUGAUUCUUUCUUGUUGAAGUUGGAUGGCACUGCAAACAAGAAGAAUUUAGGUGCAAAUGCUAUACUUGGGGUCUCAUUGGCUGUUGCUAAAGCAGGUGCAGAAGCCAAAAAAGUGCCAUUAUAUAAACAUAUCGCUGAUCUAAGCAAUUCUAAACAAGACAAGUACGUAUUGCCAGUCCCAUUUCAGAAUGUUUUAAAUGGUGGUUCUCAUGCUGGUGGUUCAUUGGCAUUCCAAGAAUUUAUGAUAGCUCCAACUAAUGCGCCAAGUUUUUCCGAUGCAUUAAGAAUUGGUUCCGAAGUUUACCACCAUUUGAAAUCCUUAACAAAGAGUAAGUAUGGCCAAUCUGCUGGUAACGUUGGAGAUGAAGGUGGUGUAGCACCAGAUAUUGAAACUCCUGAAGAAGCGCUUGAUUUGAUCGUUGCUUCCAUUGAAAAGGCAGGUUACAAGGGCAAGGUUGGAAUUGCCUUAGAUGUGGCAUCAUCUGAAUUCUAUAAAGAUGGUAAAUAUGACUUAGAUUUUAAAAAUCCAAACUCAGAUAAGACAAAAUGGUUGUCUGGUAACCAAUUAGCUGAUUUAUAUGAAAGGUUAAUUGAAAAUUACCCAAUCAUAUCAAUUGAAGACCCAUUUGCAGAAGAAGAUUGGGAUGCAUGGUCCAAUUUUUAUCCUAAAGUAGCCUCUAAGUUGCAAAUUGUUGGCGAUGACUUAACUGUUACUAAUCCUAUUUUUAUCAAAAAGGCUAUAGAGAAGAAGGCUGCAAAUGCUUUGUUGUUGAAGGUAAAUCAAAUCGGUACACUUACUGAAUCAAUUAACGCAGCCCAACUUGCUUUCAGUGAUAACUGGGGAGUUAUGGUUUCUCAUAGAUCUGGUGAAACGGAAGACCAUACCAUUGCUGAUAUUGUAGUUGGUUUGAGAACUGGCCAAAUUAAAACUGGUGCUCCUGCCAGAUCUGAAAGAUUGGCCAAAUUAAACCAAAUCUUAAGAAUUGAACAGGAAUUGGGAAGUAAUGCUUUAUAUUCUGGUAAAGAUUUCCAUACUGCUCAAAAUUUGUAA